CCUCUGUGCGCAGGAUGGGGGCUGUGCCCACACGGCCCAGCACAGGCUCCCUCCUUUCUGCGUACACAAGUGCAGCGUCCAGUACCGGAAGACAAAACACACCGGAAUUCAGCCGUACGGUAAAGACAGAUCAGGCUUCAGAGGAUGCACUCGAGCAAAUGAAGAGUGAAGCAGCCAGCCCAGAGAUGAAGCACUGCACUCUGUGACUUUUUUUUUUUUUUUUUGCUGUCUUCACCACUGGAGGAUGGCUGCCAGACUCUGUGAAAAUGGUUCUGCUCAGUACCACUGCACCCACACCAACCAACCUCUUGAAAUCAGCUACACGUUGGUCCUGAUUAUGCUUGGAAAAGUCUUCCUUGAUUUCUUCAUGUUGCAAAUCAAGCCAAAGCCUGUGAAAGUCAGUUUUAUGGGAUACUUUUGCAUUUCAGUGGCACUUCUCGAUUUCACAGUGCUGCUGAGUAUCUGUUUCAUUUUCUGUUUUGAGGAUUUUGCACUCUGGGGCAUGCGAUUCACAGAGUACCAUAUCUGCCUCUUCACUCAGAUCACUUCUCUGACCUAUGGGAUUUUGCCUUACCCAGUGUAUCUUGUGGCUACUCUGGAUUAUUACACCAGCAUCUCCCAAACAUCCCAAUUCCCUACAAGAGCUCGGAAGUUACUUUAUGUAUUUGCUGUGGUGUUUAUAUGGAUUUCUGUGAUUUUUUGCACUCUCCAAGUUCCUGCUGUCUCUGAAGAGCUGGAAAUGCACAAUAGAGUUUCCCCUUCCCAGUGCCCUCUCUCUGGCAGCCUGCAGAGCUACUCGGUGUCGUGUGCCAUGGUGCUGCUGCUGGGCACGGCUCUGCUGGCUCGCUGGAAGGAGGUGACAACCAUGCUGCUGUCUGCCAGGCUCCUCUUCUUUUCCAGCCAGCCGGUGCUGAUGUUCCCCUACAUACCUAACAACAACACCACUUGCUUUAAGUGGCAGCUCUUGAGCAGGCUCCUCCUGUGUUUCCUUGGCACUUGGGCACCGUUUGUUGUUCUCCAGGUCGUGGUUCUGCUGCUGGGUGUGCAAAUCCCAGCCUAUGUGGAGAUGAACGUGCCCUGGCUGUACUUCAUCAACAGCUUUCUCCUGGCUGCAGCCUACUGGUGCCGGUGCCACGAUGUGGAGCUGACAGAGGAGGGGUGGUGCACAGACCCCUUUGUCAGCUGGAAAUUCUGCUUUGUGCCCUUCAACAAUGAAAGCACAGAGCCAGCUCAUAAGCCAGGCACAGUAAUUGUCAUCUGUUAAUGAGCUGUCCGCAGCAAAGGCUGCAGAGAAGCAGAACACUGAUGUAGCCGGGUCCUUUCAGACAACACAAGGAAACUUCUCCAGAGCUUCAUUCCAAGGAAACAAGUCCAGUGUCCAGCAACACUUCAGUGAAUAUCGCACUGGAGUGCAGGACACCGGCAGCAAGCACUGCACGGCCAAGGAAUUCAAUUUCAAAUUACACGUUUAAAAAAAACACUGCUUACAUAGGACAAAUUUUCAGUUGAACUUCAUGUUUCUGACUAGAAUUCUACACUUCCUUUAAGUGGAAUUACCUCAUGUUUUACAGUACAAAAUGCAAUAAAGUCUUCAAGGCUGGAGUUACAUACA